GUAACAUAAUUUAAUUUUCUAUCUGAUGUUAUAAGUUUCAAAACAUGACUAAUGGGGGAACAUUACGAAAUUCGAUGUUAAAAACUGCUGACCACGAUUAUACACCCACAGCUGCUCACGGUUUCGUGUACUGCAAAUGCUGCUAAUAUAGUUCUGACGCUAGCAGACGCACGUUUUUGCAUUCAAUUGGCUGCCACGGUGUUCCAUGUGAUGAUAGAGAACAUCCCUGGUUUUCGACCUUUCUGUGUUGUGUAUAUUUGUUUAUUAGGCACAUUUCAAUUUCAAUUCAAAUUUGAUUUUGGUUCUCUCACUUCUGUGGGUCUUGGAGUUGUGGAUAUAUUUUGUGGAGCGUGGAGCAUCGGAGAUUUGUGGAGUAUUGAAUUGACCUGGUGUCAGUAUUCUUUGGUGUUUUUUUAUAGAUAUUUUCAUAGGCUACAAUGCCACCAGGAAGACCACUGACCAAGACCAAGACAGUGCUCAUGCCCGAAUCAUCGGCAACACAGGAUGGCAAACUUCGCCUCCCCUGGCUUGUAUGAAGCCUUGAUUUCCAUUUAAGGAAGUAAGUCUGUGCCCAAAUGGAUGAUGCACGUGUUGGGCAUUUUUGCAAAACAAAGCGGUUGAAAGGGUUCAUUUGCCGAGGCUGUAUGAAGUACGCCAAGCAAUGUCAUGCUGAUGGGGAGACACUGCCCGCCAGUGGACGGAGGCCCGGCGACGGACGCUGGCUCAGUGGCCAACAGUGGUCCGCCAGCCGGCUGAUGGUGGCUCGCCGACCGACGCCGGCCCGUCGGCUGACCACGGCAUUCCGGCUGAUGGUGGCCCGCCAGCCGACGGAGGUCCGCCGGCCAUUCGUGGCACGCCCGCCGACGGCAGCUCGACGACACGUCCUGGCUAUGCCACCCCCAAGAUUACUUCGCCCCCCAGUCCAUAGGUCACCAGUUGCGGGCGCUUCAUCUGACGGUGUCGUCCGACGGCUCCACGGUGACCAGCGCCGCCACUGCGGAAACCAUCCGACCCCGAAAAUGCUGCUAGCCGUACACGAACAAAGGGCGCCGGGCACCCAGGACCAGCGCCCUGCUCCGAGGCGGUGUCCAAAGAAGGCUGCACAGUGCACUUGCUGUGCUAAGGCAUAGUGCGCGCUGACUGAUAGGAACAAAUGACGGUCAGUUAUCAGAUUUCAGUAUGGAACUCAAGAUGGUCGGAGCCGACCUGGCUCGGUGGAUGGUGUGCCAGGGUUGAUUAAGUGUCGAAAGGAGUGAGACGCCCAGAUAUGUGAAGGAUACGUCGAUACGAGCCCCGGCUUCGACUCCCCGUCCCAAAACGAUGUUGGUUGUGAUUGGAGGAUUCCCCCCCCCCCACCCCCACCCGCCCCCGAAUUUGUGCUAUGUAAUAGGACGAUAAUAUGUCGUGGUCUCAUUCUGGCUCGAUAUGGUAAUAGGUACUUAAUUGGACAGAUGCUGAUGGUAUUGGUGGUGGAUGUAAAUGGCAGGUUUGGCGAGCGCGAAUUAAUAAUCGUGAGAGCACUAGCUGCAAUCAGUCGCGCGCUUAUUGCUGAGCACCUGUGAGCAAGAAAAUUAUAUGAAUGUGGUAGUUCGUCGUGAAAUCUGUGUACUUUUGGAUUAAGCUGUCAGAACAUAAGUGUAUUUUUGCCGUGUCCACUGCAGCUCUGAAACAGAAACAUGGA